CUUCAGAGAGCCCAUGCAAACGUCCUUACUGUUUUGUUCUUAGUAAAUUCAUGCAGCUUGAGUCGGUUAAUUUGUUCAGGAAAUGCAGCACUGACUCUUUGCUGUGUUGCUGUAUCUGUGAUACCUGUGGCACGGUACCUUGACCUUCUCAUAUGUUCUACUUAGUUUAUUUACGUUUUCUAUAAUACACUGUGAUUCUCUGUGAUCCAAAUCGGUAAUUCCCAGCCGUCCCAAAUGAUCUUAUAAUACUUCGGUGUUCUGCUGCUCGGUUUUACUCAUCCAUUCGACUGAAUUUCUACUGAUAAGAUUGUUUGCAAGUUUGUCCAAUGCCAGUGAAAAGUAAACUGACAAUGUCAUUUCAGGCUGUAUGAGUCAUGUGUGGAAUAAUUUUACUUACACCCUUAGUCGUUGCACACUUUGUAAUUCCGUCAGUCUGACGGAGCUUCGGCUGGACGUGUGAAUUAUAAGCAGGUUAUAAGCAACUGUUUGGCGCUGGACUCAGCGAGUGAGAAUUGGAGAGAUGCCCGAAUCAGAGCGAAUUGAUAUUACCAAGCCUCUUUGGGACCAAAAUACGUUUAUUGGGAGGGUGAAACAUUUUGCAUGGGUUACUGAUCCUCGCACAUGUGUGGUUUCAGAUGCAACUCUCGAUGAAGCAAAAAUAUUAGUUGAACAAUACAAAAACUGUUCAGAACCUCCUGGAACAACUCGUGAGCAAAUAAUUUAUGCCAAGAAAUUAUAUGAAAGUGCAUUCCAUCCAGAUUCAGGGGAGAGACAAAAUGUUUUUGGACGUAUGUCUUUUCAAGUUCCUGGUGGAAUGGCAAUUACUGGAGCAAUGUUACAAUGGUAUAGAACAUCAACAGCUGUUAUAUUUUGGCAUGGGUGAACCAAUUCAUUUUCAAUGCUUUGGUUUGAACGUAUCAGCAAGAUAGAAAUGCCAACUCUCCAGUAACAACAACUCAAUGGGUGUUGCUUAUGUAUCCAGUCUAGCUGCAUCCUGCCUAUGUUGCCCUGCAACUUGGCUGUCGGAGCAUUUUUGGGAAAAAGAGGGGCAAAGUACACAUUAAUUGGAAUCGAAAUAUGUUCCUUUUUUGCUGCUGUGCUGGGCUGCCCAUUGCGUGAACAUUCCACUCAUGAGACAAAAUGAGCUUCUUCAUGGAAUUGAUGUUUUGGGAUGAAAAUGACCAAAUACACAUUGGCAAAAUCACGGGUUGCUGCUGCUAAAGGAAUCUUCUCCAAGGUUGUGAUAUCCAGGAUUGUCCCAUGUGGUGCACAGGCAUGACGAUUCUUCCUGUUUAUAAUUGGAAAGAGUUAGAAAGAAUAGCUCGAUGGGAUGCAACAAAUAAACCUCUGGCAUGCCCCUUUCCAAGUCAUGAUGGUGGGCUGCUUGUUAAAAUAAGUGUUAAAACAAUCGCUUGGUUAGAGCCUGAAGAAUAUGACAUUUUAAAGAAGAACACUCAAGGAAAAGUUCCUGACUUUGUCUACUUCAAUAAAGGGUUGUAGAAAGAUGCUCAUUUUAUGAUGAGCGUUAUGUAAGAAUGUAAUUUCAGCUCAGUGUGAAUAGUAAUGCACCUAGUGAAUAGUUUUGUAACACUGGGUGUUCAGCUGAAACACAUGUGAGCAGUAGUAUACUGAUAUUUUUAGUGUACAUCAGAGCAUGUACUGAUGGGAGCUAAAGACAAUAUUGAAUGGUAGGUUUCAUUGUAAGCCCUUUUCACCUCCUUUGCAUGGUAAGUGCAUGGUUGGGCAGUUGUGGACUUAAAUAAUAAGGCCACUACUGAACCUGAAAAUACCUCUAUUUUUAGUUAAAUGUUUCAUAAAAGUUGCACUAAUAGUCAAUCAGAGUGGGAAGUUAUGCUUUGUUUCAGAUAAUGAGAAGGCCUAGACUUGAUGAAGGAAUUAUGAAUGCAGGUGAUAUUAAGAACACUGAUUAAGAUAUGUGUUUGUUGUUGUGUUAUUCCUUGCCUGGAUUUGAUGCUCUGUUUUUGAAAUGAAAUCCCUUUUUAGAUUAGUUGUUUAGAUACCAUUAGAAUAAAUUGAUGUGCAAGAAACACUUCAACAAGGAAGAAUCUCAGUACCAACCACUCACAGACCACUUUCUCCGAGUUAAACAAGAGUCCAAUAAUAAAAAUAUUAAUUUAAUGAUGUUUAAGUAAUGAAGUUGAAUGUAAGGAAAAAAAACAAACUUUACUGCUCUCUUGUCAUGUUAAAAAUUGAUUGAGCUCUUUGGAAUUGUUGUCUUGCAUGUGCAAGAUGAACAAGAAUGAAUAAUACCGCUGGUUUGAUGUAAUUUGAAGAAAAAGUUUUGAAGGCAACUCAGUUUUGAUUUGAAAUGUUUUUGAAUCUUCAAAAUCAUCUUUUUAAAAACCCAAGGCAUUCCUUAUCUCAUGUUUUAUGCUUUUUACCUCCUUUCUUUUUUCUAAAAUGCUGCCUACAUCAGUUUUUGAAUUUGCUUUUUCUUGAUGUUAAGUCUCAGUUCAGAGCUAGAUGAAGGUUAACAAUUCUUUAUUAAAUUUUGUUUAACUUUUUAUGUGAUUGUUUAUGUCAGGAUCCUUCAUUGUUUUCCAACCUUCGUAUUUCACUUCCAUUACUACUGUAAACUAUUUAUUUACAUGUGCCUGAGAUUUCUUUUUCCGUGAGCUCAUUUUGUUGUUAACUUUUUUUAUCCUUAGACAAGAUUUUGCAUUGAAAUGCAAUAAUAUAGAUCUAUAAAGUUCUUGUAAUUAUCUGAAUUUUGUUUUUCUAAGAUUUCUUGGUUUAUUUUUAAGCAUUGCUGUUGAUCCUUGUCUUUUGGUGUUUUAUUUGAAAUCAUCCUUCACUAUUGGACAUUAGAAUUCUUUCUAAAUUAACACAGUGAAUUAAUUAGUUUGCACCUUCAUCCUACAUUUCACAUCCUACAUUCACCCUCAAUUUUGCUUGUUAAUGAAGGUGUUAAUAUUCCUGUCAUAGGAAUUUCAUCAGUACAAAUAUCUCUGCAAACUCCUUCAGGCCUUAUAUUCUGUUUUUUCCCCCCAUAAUUAAUCUGAAGCUUCAUCUUUUCUGUUCUGCUCUGAACAUACAAGUUGAAUAGUCAAGGUAAAAAAUUCUGUUGCUUCUUAACUGUUGUAUUUACAUUGUUGUAUUUCUGAAUUAGUUCCAAGUAUUAUAUUUUCAUCUUUUGACCGAUUUGUUUUAUUCAAUUGAAAGUGAAAAGCAUAAUAAAGCUGAGUCCUGGGCUCAAAUAACAUCUUGUGACGUGGAUGUUUAAAGAUUAUGACACAUGUUUUUGUUGUAACAGUCAUAUAAAAAAGAUGUACUGUUUUAUGCUCAUCUUUACUUUUGCAGCUCUUUGAAAGAUUUCAUGCUACACAUUUUACUACUGUGCAAAUGUGAAUAUUGGCAGUAAAAGGUUGUUUCAAACAUAUUCAAUAGUCAGGAGAAAAUGCUGCAAGUAUUUUUACUGUGUUCAUUGUAGCAAUACCCUCAUGUUAUUUUGCAAGGAACAGAACUGGUUGAAGAAAUUUGUUUAAUGUCUAUCACGCAGUGAUCAUCAUUCUGAGAAUAAUUUUAAUUUAAAGAUCCUAGAAGUUUUGUGAGUGAGAAUAUACAGUGCAACCUCUCUGAAAGACCAACCCUCUCGACUGAUUUUUCUUGGAACGAACACUGAUACCCAUAUGUUGUAUGUAAAUCAUGUUAACAGACCACUCCUCUUUCCGACUACCAACCAUCCUCUUUGUAGCAAUUUUUGUAAUUUACCCUUUUAAGAGACCACUUUCAGGAUAAUUAUAUGACCGAAUUUACACAGAAUUUUUGGCAGUCAAAUUGAAAAUUGAGUUGUAAACAGUUCUUGCGUUACAUUCCCUGUGCCUGAGCUUCAAUCCUUGAGGAAAUAGCAGCAAGGGGAUUCCGGGAAUUAUGUAACAAUAUGCCGUGACCACUGGUGUGGUACCAUGGCUGCUCACUCCAGUUUGGUUUCUUUUCUUCUAAUGUAUUGGCAGGUAUGAAAGUUAUUUAAUGUUCAAUUCUUUGAAUCAACAAAGUAUUCCUUAACUUAGGCAAAACUCUCUUGGAAGAACCUCUAGUUCAGUAAAAUAUCAGUUUUACAAAUCAUGGCAGUUAAGUGCCCCACUGGGAUUGCAUCUGGAAACUGUGCCCAGCACUCGCCCAACUCUCACUGUGUGAUUGUUUUUUUUUUAUUCGAUUAAACAGGUGCCUGAAGGUGAGUUUCAGGGCUCCUGAAACUCAACAAAAUGGGUACACAACAAAAAAAUAAUCAUCAAUGCUCCAUAUUUCGUAAUUCAUACAAUUACUGUACCAAAGACACUGAAACAUGUUCAUGAGAAUAAAAUUGACACUUUCCUAAACCUCCAAGGUUUAGUAGAUUGACUCCCCCUAUAAGUAACCACCUACCUAAAAGACCACAUCUUAAUGCACAAACAGUGGUUGCUGAAUUCAGGUUUCACUGUAUGUAGUUUUAAAGGAAGAGAAGAAAAUAAAUUUGCUUUUUGUUCAAGUAGAACUUCAGUUACUUCUGUUCUAAGCUAGAGAAUACACGAUAUUUUAUAAAGAUAUUAUGUUAUUCUGUGAAUAUGUAAAUAGACCAUUUGCAUGAUGAUUCUUUAUAUACCAUACAACAAAUGUCUUGUUGAAAUGAUUGCAUUCUGUUAUAGGUUCUGUGAUUUACUUAUGUAUUUGUUCUUGAACUGGUUUGAAGGUUCCCCAAAUAAUUGUUGUAUUUGAAAAAAGUUCUGCAUAUUCGUGACAUAAUGUUAUGUAUGUUGAACUAUUUGUUGCAAUUUUUUAAAGCAAUUUUCUUUUUGACUUGUAUUUGUUGCAAAUAAAAUCGAAAGAAUGGUGAAUGACCGGUCUUGCAUGCUUAGAAUAACACAAGUUAUAUUAAUAAUAAUAAUAAUAAUAAUAAUAAUAAUGAUAAUCCAAUACUUCUGAGAUGAAUUCUCUGGACUGUGAUAAGUGUUUACAUGUGAAGAUUUUAUGUAAAAAUAUCCAGGAAUGAGGUUACAUGUUUCAGACACGUUCUUUGCCGUGACAAUGCUACUGCUACCAAGUUCAUUUCCACAUAUAACUUUUGUGAACCUUUUUGGGAAAGUUAAAGCAAUUCAAAGAGAUUUAAGGAACUAUUUUUCAUGAUAAUGUAAUAAAAUAAGAACCACAUUAAAUAGUGACAAAGCUAUUCAAAUAUUCUUUGAAUGUCAACCGUAAAACUAUAUUGGUAGAAUGUAAUUGCAUUCCUGACAAUUUUUGUUGUUGUUACUGUAUUUUCUAGCAUGGGAUGACAAAUAAAAAUGUGUGCAAUGUGCAGCAAUAAUUCUUUCUUUAUUUAAAGGAAUAUGUAGACAUCUGUUACACAGUUCUCAAUUUUAAUUGUUUCUGCCUUUAUUUUAAAAACAGGCUUUAUAUACUCUUUUUACAAUUCAUGUUAGAACAUGAUGCUUCAGACAACUAUGACCAUAUUGUUUUUAAACAUAUUGCAGAUAAUAUUUCAAUGAAGUGUAAUUGAAUAGUUUUUAACUUCUAGUAAAGUUCUACAAUUCUGGAUCAAGAUGAAAUAUUUUGAAGAUCCUCUAAGUAUCAAAAUGUUAAUGAAAUGAAUUGUUAAAUAAGGUACAGAAGUGUCUAUUUUUAAAUUUAGGUCAGAAACAACUUAACAUUGUUAACUUUCAAGAAUCAGGAUUCAUGGUCAGUUUAAGCCU